CGCGGGCUGACAUACUCGUCGCCUCGGGCGCUUCGCUAUACAGUAGCCCAACAUGUCCAACAUACCGACUACCGCAGUCCGACUGCGCACACGUUCGUCCGACUGGCUGGCGGGGCGAUUUAUCCUUGCAGCCGUUGUACUUACGAUCGCGAUAUAUCUCGUCACCUCCACCGAUAGCGAACCCUCUUCGACACCCCUCCUUGGCCCAGCACGCAGAUUGCGCCCACGGUUGCACUCUAUCAGCCCUAACUUCGCGCACACAACCUCCCCUUCGCCAUAACACCACCACAAAUUCACCUCUAUUCCGCCUUGUAUGAUCUAGUAUUCCGCCUCAAAUGAAAGUUAGCCUGACUUGUGGACCUUCAGCGCCUCAUCCACAAUCUCGCAGAUCCCCAGUAACUCCUCCUCCCGGAACC